AUGUUCAGCACCCACGAGCAGACGGGCCACUACACGCCGGAAACCACCCCCCAUGGCAUCAAGGCCGCCUCGAUGAGCCUGUCCGUCGUCACCAUCACCCUGACCGCCAUCUGCAUCGACCGCUUCGUGCGCAGCGUGAGCGCCUGGAAGGAGCUGCCCGUCGCCCAGUGGACCCUGUUCGCCUUCUACUGCCUGUCCUUCCUCUUCAGCUCCGUGUCCGCCAUCCUCAAGGACCUGGAGCCCAACACGUCGCGCCAUCUCUGCGACGCCUCCAUCCUCGUCUGCCUGGUCUUCUAUCUCAGCGCAAAGAUCCUGCAGUACCACUAUCUGGUUGAGCGAGCACACAUUGUCCGUUCCGACCGGACCCCGAGAAGCAAAGACCGGAUCUACAUCUUCAAUUGCUGCUGUCUCAUCCUCCCCUACAUCGGCCUGGUCAUUCUCAACUUUUACUGGCGCGUGGGAUACAUCAGCCCCAAUGGCGUGUGCAUCAAUGGCCUGGAGAUGCAGGGCAUCAUCCCGCUCUUGGCCUUUGAAAUCCUCAUCAACAUCUACAUGACGCUCCUAUACGUCUACCCCUUCCGCCGCGUCCUGUUCAAGAAGCAGGCGCUCGGACCCAACGCAAUCCUCCAGGCCAUGGCAUACCGCACCGCCCUCGCCACCUGCCUCAUGAUCCUGGUCACCGUCGGAAACCUGAUUGGCCUCCUGGCCCUGCACGGCGAGCCCGUCUGGCUUUGCUUCAUGUGCUGCACCGGCGACGUUGCCGUCUGCGUCAUGCUACUACACUGGGUCACCAAGCACGACCGCGAGCGCCGCGGUUUUGCCUUCUCCGAGGAGUUGAACCAGGGUCUCAAGCUGCGGCCGUCGCAGUUCAACGACGCCGUCAUCGACGCCUUCUGCAGGGCCACGGGCAUGGGUGCGCCCGAAGCGGACGGACACAUCCGCGUCACCAAGGAACUGAAAUUCGCCGUCAACGGCCAGACCGUGCACGUCACCACGACCCAUGCCGAGGAGGACGACACCGAGUCAACCCCGACAAAAGGGGGCCGGCUGUCCCGGCACGGAAGUGAAGACAGCAUGAUCGAGAUGGAGCGAGGGGAGGGCCGGUUCAGGAGAAGAGAAAGCCACGACCGGUUAAGCAUAGGGUUGAGUGACGAGAGCAUAGGGAAGGGGAAGAAGUGGCAGCAUACCCAUUCGACAUUAUAG